AUAAUAAAUACCGUGGUUCACUUUUCUCUCUCCUCCUCACACCAUCACUUCUCAAACCUCUCUUCUCCACUCACCUUCUGACUCAUCGCUCUCUCUCUCUCUUCUUCGCAAAAAACAUGGGCAAAGAACCACUUCGCGUCCUCGUCACCGGUGCCGCCGGGCAAAUUGGAUACGCUCUAGUUCCCAUGAUUGCUAGGGGUGUAAUGCUAGGCGUUGACCAGCCUGUGAUUCUACACAUGCUCGACAUUCCUCCUGCCGCUGAGGCUUUAAACGGAGUUAAAAUGGAGUUGGUGGAUGCUGCUUUCCCACUUCUUAAAGGUAUUGUUGCUACAACCGAUGUUGCCGAGGCAUGCAAAGGUGUGAACGUCGCUGUCAUGGUUGGUGGCUUCCCCAGGAAAGAAGGCAUGGAGAGGAAGGAUGUGAUGUCAAAGAAUGUCUCAAUCUACAAGUCUCAAGCAUCUGCUCUUGAGCAACAUGCUGCUCCUAACUGCAAGGUUUUGGUUGUUGCCAACCCUGCCAACACCAAUGCAUUGAUUCUAAAGGAAUUCGCCCCAUCAAUCCCAGAAAAGAACAUUUCAUGCCUAACAAGGCUUGACCACAACAGGGCCCUCGGUCAGAUUUCAGAAAGACUUAAUGUUCAAGUGUCUGAUGUGAAGAAUGUUAUCAUCUGGGGAAACCACUCAUCAUCCCAGUACCCUGAUGUGAACCAUGCAACCGUAAAGACAGAAAGUGGCGAGAAGCCCGUCCGUGAGCUUGUUUCUGAUGAUGCAUGGUUGAACGGGGAGUUCAUCAGUACUGUGCAACAACGUGGUGCUGCCAUCAUCAAAGCAAGGAAGCUUUCCAGUGCAUUGUCUGCUGCUAGUUCAGCUUGUGAUCACAUCCGUGAUUGGGUGCUCGGAACCCCAGAGGGCACUUGGGUUUCCAUGGGUGUGUACUCUGAUGGUUCAUACAACACUCCAGCUGGAAUCAUUUACUCCUUCCCAGUGACUUGUAAAGAUGGAGAAUGGAAAAUCGUCCAAGGGCUUCCCAUUGAUGAGGUAUCAAGGCAGAAAAUGGAUGCAACUGGAGCAGAGCUUGUUGAAGAGAAGGCUUUGGCCUACUCAUGCCUGACUUAAACUCAGUCCCGUUUUCCAACGUGUGUUCCCGUUUGUGAGAGUAGUUAUAGAUAAAGUUUUGCAAUAAGCCCUUUGUGAGACUAUUGAGUUGGCUCCGCUUGUGGCAGACCAUUACUCUCGAAAACUGAUUUCUGCAAGGUUUUACCUAAAUUUUUGCAUGGAAGAAUUUGCAUAACAGUGAGAUGAUAGUCUGUGUAAAGGCACACUCUUAUCUGUAUUGUUCAUUCAACAAUUAUGCGAUUUGAUCCUGAAACUGGUUUCCAAA